AUGAACAGCGAGGAGCAGUACUACGCAGCUACGCAGCUUUACAAGGACCCGUGCGCGUUCCAGCGGGGCCCCGCGCCAGAGUUCAGCGCCAGUCCCCCUGCGUGCCUGUACAUGGGCCGCCAGCCACCGCCGCCGCCGCCCCCGUUCCCGGGGACCCUGGGCGCUCUGGAGCAGGGCAGCCCCCCCGACAUCUCCCCAUACGAGGUGCCUCCCCUCGCCGACGACUCCGCAGUGGCGCACCUCCACCACCUCCCAGCUCAUCUCACGCUCCCCCACCAGCCUGCCGGGCCCUUCCCGGAUGGAGCUGAGCCGGGGGCCCUGGAGGAGCCCAGCCGCGUCCAGCUGCCUUUCCCGUGGAUGAAGUCCACCAAGGCUCACGCGUGGAAAGGCCAGUGGGCAGGCGGAGCCUAUGUUGCAGAGCCAGAAGAAAACAAAAGGACACGUACUGCCUACACGCGUGCACAGCUGCUGGAGCUGGAGAAGGAGUUCCUAUUCAAUAAAUACAUCUCGAGGCCCCGCAGGGUGGAGCUGGCCGUCAUGCUGAACUUGACCGAGAGACACAUCAAGAUCUGGUUCCAAAACCGCCGCAUGAAAUGGAAAAAGGAAGAGGACAAGAAGCGCAGCUGCGGGCCAGUGGCUGGGGGUGGCACGGAUGCUGACCCGGAGCAGGACUGUGCAGUGACCUCCGGUGAGGAGCUGCUGGCGCUGCCACCGUCGCUGCCCCCUGGUGGUGCUGUGCCGCCCGCUGUCCCCGCUGCCACCCCCACCCGAGAAGGACGCCUGCCGCCUGGCCUUAGCACAUCACCACAGCCCUCCAGUGUCGGGCCCCUGCGACCUCAGGAGCCCCGAUGA